GAAAGGGGCCACAUUGAGGUUGUGCGCUUCUUGUUGGAUGCUGGCGCGAAGACAGACUUGUAUGACAAUCACCACCUGACCGCAUUAAUUCACGCCUCUGGCAGGGGCUACAGACAAGUGGUGCAGGAGCUGCUGGAGAGGCGCGCCUCUAUAAACCAAAGGGGCAGCCACUUUAGAACAGCGCUUCUUUCUGCGUCUAGCCGCGGCCACACGGAAACUGUCCGUCUGCUGCUGGCGGCGCAGGCCGAUACAAGCAUCCGUGACAGUAUAGGCAACACCAUUCUUUUCCACGCGUCCAGCAGUGGCCACCACGAUGUGGUGCGGCUGCUUGUACAUGCAGGCGAAGAGCUAGAUGUGACAGGUGAACAUAACUUGUCGCCUCUGAAUGAGGCUUCUAGACAGGGACACUUGCAAGUUGUCCGCGUACUUCUGGAAGGUGGUGCUGACAAGAAUUCCUUCAACAUGCAUGGCAACACGGCCCUCAUUCAUGCCUCCAUUCAUGGCCGUGUUGGAAUGGUGCGCUUGCUGCUGGAA